CAUGGCAUAUAAUGAUGGUUUUGAUAUAGAAGUUGUAAGAGAGAGUGGGCUUCAAUUGCAGCAGAGGUUAAUUAUUAACCUUCAACAACCUCCCUUCCUCCACCAUAAAGAAAGAGAGAGAGAUGGGGGUCGCUUUCUUUCUUUCUUUCUUGAUAUUGUCUGUAUAGGUGUUUGGUAGCAGCUGCAAUAUAAAGAAAAGAAGAAAGAAAGGCCAGAUUUGUUAUUGUGCUGUUUGUUUUUGCUAGUAUAAUGGGUGAUGAGUUCCUUUCUUGGCACUGAAUGAGAUGAGAGGGUUUUCAGGUUUUGUUCAUCUUGUCUUGGCUGUCUUAUUUUUGGUUCAAAGAUUUAGUGUUGUUUCUGGCCUAAAUUACACAAAGUAUAGACAACAAGUUAGUAGCUUGAGACUAGACAGGAUUCAAAGGCACUUGAACAACAUAAACAAGCCUCCUGUCUUCACCAUAAAGAGUCCAGAUGGAGAUAUCAUAGAUUGUGUUCACAAACGAAAACAACCAGCAUUAGAUCACCCUCUUCUAAAGAAUCACAAGAUUCAGAGAAAACCAACAGAAUGGCCAAAGAUGAGAACAACAAAGAAGGCAUCAGAAGAGGAGGUAGGAGCGUCAAAGAAGGGGAGUAAUAAUGAAGCAAUAAUGAGAGGUGCAUGGCAAAUGUGGCAUGGAAAUGGAACCAGGUGUCCAAAGGGUACUGUUCCCAUACGACGGAGCACAUCAGAUGAUGUUCUUAGAGCCAAAUCUUUGUUUGAUUUCGGAAAGAAACAAACUUCUUACUCUCUUUCAAGGCGAUCCGAUGCUCCUGAUGUAGUUAGUGCCAAUGGCCAUGAGCAUGCGAUUGCGUACACCGGAUCAUCACAAGAUGUUUAUGGAGCAAAGGCAACAAUAAGCGUGUGGGACCCAUCGGUUCAAGUAGUCAACGAGUUCAGCCUCUCCCAGAUUUGGGUUCUCUCUGGAUCAUUCGACGGUUCAGAUCUCAACAGCAUCGAAGCCGGAUGGCAGGUUAGUCCGGAGCUCUACGGUGACAGCAGGCCCAGACUAUUCACUUAUUGGACGAGUGAUUCAUACCAGGCAACGGGAUGCUACAAUCUUUUAUGCGCAGGAUUUGUGCAAACUAAUAGUAGAAUAGCCAUUGGGGCUGCCAUUUCUCCGGUAUCGUCCUACAAUGGCAACCAAUAUGACAUAACCGUUCUUAUUUGGAAGGAUCCGAAGCUGGGGAAUUGGUGGAUGGGGUUCGGAGAUAAUACCCUAGUCGGGUACUGGCCGACCGAGCUUUUUACGCACCUAGCAGACUCUGCAACCAUGGUGGAAUGGGGUGGUGAGAUUGUGAACUCUAGGGCUAACGGCAGACACACCUCGACCCAAAUGGGUUCAGGGCAAUUCGCGGGAGAGGGAUUUGGAAAGCUCUUACAGCAAUGAAUGGGGCACAUACUUCUACUAUGGAGGACCGGGAAACAAUCCGCGAUGCCCUUGAUGAGGAUCAUGAUCACUAAUCCACCUUCAUUACCAAUAUUAAUUUGUCGUUUCAAGAUAUAUUAAUGCAAUUUAAUUGUGUUGAUAGGGUGAUCAAGCUUUUAAAUCUUUUUGUUUUCGAUCGAUCGUCUGAAGUUUUCAAGUGUAUAGAGAUGGUUACCGAUAAAUUCCAUUGAAUUUUGUGUACAAGUAGAACUUGGAAACUAAUUUAUAUGAUCUGCAAGUGAUUCUAAAUCUCCAUUUGUAUGCAUAAUCCUUACGUACAAGGCUAAAAGUUAU